UAAAUUAUAUUUCUGCCCAUUGUUCAGUAAAUAGAGAAAAAUUUAAUAAUUUUGCGAUAGGUAUAUAAACUGAGAUCCUAGAAAUUCUACAUCGCAUUGUGACAUUGUACACGAAUUGGGCAACAUGAAUACAUUUUUGAUAAUUAUUUUCACGGUGACUGUGGUUUCGGCAAAAAACGGAGAAAAUUCAUUGUCAUCCAAAAAGGAUAAAAGGGGUGUCAAUUAUUACGGGCAACCAACCUUGAAUGUAGAUUCGCUUAGUAGCUUUCCAAACAUUGAAUUCGGAACUGAAAUUUGGAAUCCAAGUGGGUUAAUAUCGCCUUUGUGGAAAUCAGCUAACCUGCCCGAUUUAACCCUCGGUAAGGUGCAACUCCAAGCAACGCAUAAUUUAGCUUUACAGGCUUUGCACGAUGCUCGAUCUGGUACUCCUAGCAUCGUAUACUCUCCCGAUGUUAUACGAGCUAUCCAAUUCGCUAAGGAAGCUAAUAAUAAUGUACAUCUCGCGCAACAAAGAGUCGACGAUGCUAAACAAGCCGCUAUCCUUCAGCAGAGAAUUGCUCUAUCAAAGGAAGCCGCUGCUCGAGAGGCUGCUCACAGAUCGGCGGAAAUUGCCACGCACGCGGAGUUGGAAGCCAGGACCUCGGCCAAGCAAUUGGUAGCACUGCAGCAGAGACUCGCAACCCUCAAGGAUUCCGUGGCAGCGGCGCAAAGAUACGCGGCUGCUCGUGAAACCGCUGCGGCUGCGGCCAUCCAACGCAAUGCUGCCGACACCGCUGCCGAGCUGCGCAAACAAGACGUGGACCACCAAGUGAUGCAGAGCGAACGCGAAGCCAAGGCUAGGGACUUAGUGGCAGCAAAGGAAAACGCAAUUUCACAGGCGUUGCACAAUAAUGUUGCACGAAAGCACGCACCUGUUCAUCACCCUUGGGGUCGAUAGACACAGAUUUGCCUCUAUGAGAUAUAAUGAAAUAUAAUUAUACAGAAAAUUAUUAAUUUUCUAGCUGCACAUCAGUAUGAAAUUGAAAUUAAAGUGCUCGGUGGAGGCCCGAUAUUAUGUCUAUCCAAGAAAUUUAAUUGUU